CUCCAACCAUAGUCCAUCUCAAUCCACCCAAAAGGCUACCAAUCGAUUUUGUUGAAUAGUUUGCACGAUUUCUCUAUAAUCGCCCAGAUGGCUUCUGCUACAGACUCGGCUCCGGCCUCCUGCAAGGUCAUGCUUUCCAAGCAUGUUGCCAAUCGCCUGCUCGAGGAGGUCCAGGAGGGCGUGAAGAUGCUUGAGAAGCCGCCUCACCUGGUCGGAUUCCUUGCAAACAACGACCCUGCGGCUUUGAUGUAUGCCCAAUGGACGGAGAAGACUUGCAUCGAAAAUGGUUUCCGCUACUCCCUCCGUGAAGUUGCCCGGGACGAUCUCGAGCAAGCCAUCCUCAAUGCCAACGUCGAUCCCGACGUUGACGGCAUCAUCGUAUACUACCCCAUCUUCAACAACCGCCAGGACCAGUACCUGCAGCAGAUCGUCGACGUAUCCAAAGAUGUAGAGGGUCUCACCCACCGGUACAUCUUCAACAUGUACCAGAACAUCCGCUUCCUGGACCCGGAAACCAAGCGUCAGAAGUGCAUCCUCCCCUGCACUCCCCUGGCCAUCAUCAAGAUCCUCGAGUACCUGAACAUCUACAACACGAUAUUGCCUUACGGCAACCGUCUCUUCGGCCACACCAUCUGCGUGGUGAACCGCUCUGAGGUCGUGGGACGCCCGCUCGCCGCGUUGUUGGCCAACGAUGGUGCCUGCGUGUACAGUGUCGACGUCAACGGCAUCCAGAAGUUCACGCGUGGUGAGGGCCUGAAGAAGGGCAGACAUGAGGUCGUGGAGCUCGAAGGCAAGACUCUGAAGGACGUUGUGCCCCUCUGUGAUGUUGUCAUCUCCGGUGUCCCCGGUGAGAAGUACAAGUUCGACACCAGCCUUCUCAGAGAGGGUGCUGUGUGCGUCAACUUCUCCAGCGAGAAGAACUUCGGACCCGAGGUGAAGGAGAAGGCCUCCAUCUUCGUGCCUUCCACUGGAAAGGUGACGAUCGUUGUCUUGCUUAGAAACCUGUUGAGACUCAUCCAGAACAAGAGAAUGGAUGAUGUGAAACCCGCCGAGGCCACUGAGCGCCCGGGCACUCUGGAAGCUGCCUCGUAAAAAACCCUCAGUGGCGAUACCUCUUUUUCAUUCCACAAAAGUAUAGCACCGAGAGACGAUAUAGCAGAGUUAGCCAUAGAUUUUCUUACAUUCCUCUAUGCUGUUUGAGCUUGAUGAACCCUUCAUGUAAAUC